CACUCUGGACUCUAUCCCUCCAGCCUAUCUACCUCUCCCCCCAGCUUAGUGUCAUCCGUGAACUUGCUGAGGGUGCAAUCUAUCCCAUCAUCCAGAUCAUUAAUGAAGAUGUUGAACAAAACCAGCCCUUGGACCGACCUCUGGGGAACUCCGCUUGAUACCGGCUGCCAACUAGACAUCGUGCUAUUAAUCACUAUCCAUUGAGCACAACGAUCUAGCCAGCUUUCUAUCCACCUUAUAGUCCAGGGAUCGGCAACCUUUGGCCGCGGCCUGCCAGGGUAAGCACCCAGGCGGGCCAGUUUGUUUACCUGCCAUCUCUGCAGGUUCAGUCGAUCGCAGCUCCCACUGGCUGCGGUUUGCCACUCCAGGCCAAUGGGGCCUGCAAGGUGGUCGAAUCCAUACAUCUUUAACUUGCUGGCAAGAAUACUGUGGGAGACCGUAUGAAAAGUUUUGCUAAAGUCAAGGUAUAUCACAACCACCACUUUCCCCAUAUCUACAGAGCCACUUAUCUCAUCAUAGAAGGCAAUCAGAUUGGUCAGGCAUGACUUGCCCUUGGCCAAUGGCUCUGCAAUCACAUCAGCCAACUCUCUCAACACCCUAAGAUGCAUUGCAUCUGGCCCCAUAGACUUGUGCAUGUCCAGCUUUUCUAAAUAGUCCUGUUCUUUCACCACUGAGAGCUGUUCACCUCCUCCCCAUACUAUACUGCCCAGUGCAGCAGUUUGGGAGCUGACCUUGUCUGUGAAGACCAAGGCAAAAAAAUCAUUGUGUACUUCAGCUUUUUCCACAUCAUCUGUCACAAGGUUGCCUCCCCCAUUCAGUAAGGGUCCCAAACUUUCCCUGACCACCUUCUUGUUGCUAACAUACCUGCAGAAACCCUCUUGUUACCCUACACAUACCUUGCUAGCUGCAACUGCAACUGUGCACUGGCAUUCCUGAUUGCUCAAGCAAUAUUUUUAUACUCCUCCCUAGUCAUCUGUCCAAGUUUCCAUUUCUUGUAAGCUUCCUUUUUGUAUUUAAGCUCACUGAAGAUUUCUCUGUUAAGCCAAGCUGGUCGCCUGCCAUAUUUACUAUUCUUUCUGCGCAUCAGGAUGGUUUGCUCCUGCGCCCUCAAUAAGGCUUCUUUAAAAUACAGCCAGCUCUCCUGGACUCCUUUCCCCCCAUGUUAUUCUCCCAGGGGAUCCUGCCCAUCAGUUCCCUGAGGGAGUCAAAGUCUGCUUUUCUGAAGUCCAGAGUCUGUAUUCUGCUGCUCUCCUUUCUUCCUUUUGUCAGGAUCCUGAACUCAACCAUCUCAUGGUCACUGCCUCCCAGCUUCCCAUCCACUUUUGCUUCCCCUACUAAUUCUUCCCUGUUUGUGAGCAGCAAGUCAAGAAGAGCUCUGCCCCUAGUUGGUUCCUCCAGCACUUGCACCAGAAAAUUGUCCCCUAUACUUCCUGGAUUGUCUGUGCACUGCUGUAUUGCUCUCCCAGCAGAUAUUGGGAUGACUGAAGUCCUCCAUGAGAACCAGGACCUGUGAUCUAGAAACUUCUGUUAGUGUCCGAAGAAAGCCUCGUCUACCUCAUCCUCCUGGUCUGGUGGUCUACUGCAGAUGCCCACCAGGACAUCAUCUUUGUUGCUCUCACCUCUAAACUUAACCCAAAAACUGUCAACAAGCUUUUCUCCAGUUUCAUACUGGAGCUCUGAGCAAUCAUAUUGCGCUCUUUCAUACAGUACAACUUCUCCACCUUUUCUCCCCAGCCUGUCCUUCCUGAACUGUUCAUACCCAUCCAUGACAGUGCUCUAGUCAUGUGAGUUACCCCACCAAGUCUCUGUUAUUCCACUCAGAUUAUAGUUCCUUGACUGUGCCAGGACUUCUACCUCUUACUGCUUAUUUCCCAGGCUUCUUGCAUUUGUGUACAGGCACUGAAGAUAACUAGCCAAUUGCCCUUUCUCAGUAUGAAUCAGGAGGCCUCUCCUGUUGCACCCACCUCCUUGUGCAGAGGGAGGAUAGCCUCUCUUUGCAGACUACCACUGAGGGCUAAGGCCCUACUCCCAGCACGAGCUGACGAGGCUGCUGGAGUUGCGUUGGCCGGAUUCAGGGACUCAGACAUUCACAAGGAUGAGAACAUCCAUGGCCUCACUGAACCACAUAACACACCCUUCCUGCUUUGGGGCAGAGCCAGCCACUGGCUGGGGGCAAGAGAACACACCUUCUCUGCAGCACCCAUACCAGCCUCAGUCCAGUUCAGCCACUGUGGUGCAGAUGUUACCCUCAGACCCUGCUGGUGUAGUGUGAGAAAUUGCCAUCUGUAGGAAUUUGGUACAUCAGAUAACAGUUUUUUACAACAGCAGAUUUUUUUUACAAUCCCUUACAUGAGUAACCGCUACAGGUAGCAAAUUCCUACAGAUAGCAAUUUCUUGCACUAUACUCAGCCAGGUGUGCGAUGCCAGCAGCAGGGGCUGAGUCACUGCAGCAGCCCUGCGAGCCCGCCCACUGCAACCAGGCCAUGCUCGCUCUGGAGCCUGGCUGGCCAUGCUGAGGACGGAGGGGGUCAGGCUUCCAGUGCUGAUGCACACUCAGAGGGCACUGGGCAGCUGCGUCCCUGGGCCUGUGUCUCAUCUAGGGGCGGGACUUCACGUAAAGUGUUGCCCGCCGGGAUCGGGCCUGGCUGUUGCUAUAGUGCAGCGCGGAGCUGGGACAGGCACAGAGCCUCCCUUAGCCCCAGUGACCAGGAAUGCAUGAGCCCUUCACCGCCUCCAUGCGCUGAAUGCUUCAAGCUCUAUCCAUGGGAUCCCAACCCUUCCCAGCAAUGAGGAGCUCUGGAACGCCACCUCAGCACUCAGUGCUGGACAGACUCCAUCUGAACAGAGUGAGUUUCCGGCUGAUCUGUAGAACUGAGCGCGCUAACGAACAUGUGCAGUGGCUUCCUGUCUCCACUCCGGAUUGUUGCAUGCAGUAGCUCAGUACACCACUGGGAGAACCAGAAUGGGGACAUCUCUACACUACAGUAAACCACCCAGUUAUUUUCUCUCACCUAGCUGGCAGAGCGGACGGGGUCGAGAUGAUUGGGAGCAAGGGAAUGCGCAGCGACCCUUCUUGAACUUGCAGCCUCACUACACAGUCCUGGAUGCCUUCACCUGGGGCGCACUAGCUGUGCUUGUUCUGCAGUUGGCCAGGCAGAUCCCAUGGCUGAGCCCCGUGCCAGGGGCAGGAAGAGAGGAUGGGCAUCCCCAUGUGGGUGGGCUCCUCUCUUCUCUGCUGCCCCAUCAGCACUCAGUGCCAGCUGCAGGCUCAUCCAGUUGCCACAGUAACCAAAAGGUGCCCUGCUUCCUGCUGGGAGGAAUUCCAGACGCUGCACCAGAGAAUCCAUCCCCUGGCAUCCCCUCAGGGCAAGGAAAGCCUCAGCUCUGCCCAGAAACAGGGGAGCGUCCAUUCCCUGAGAGCUGCAGCACCAGCCUGGGACCAGCCCACUGCAGUGCACAGGGGCUGUCAUUUUCCACUCUGCAGGGGAAGCCAGCACAGCAGGAACGCCUGGAGGAAGCAGCUACCCAGCUGCAGGAGGUGUUCCGGGUCAGCGUUUCCACUGCGCUCAAUAUCCGUGGGAUUGAGAGUGUGAGUGAUGGCCACUACAGGGCAGCCUAUUCCUGCUUCAAGCUGGCAGCAGAUCGGGGCUACAGCAAAGCCCAGUUCAACGUGGGCCUGUGUUAUGAGCAUGGCAGAGGCACGGAGAAAGACCUGGCAAAGGCAGCUCUCUAUUACCAUCGUGCAGCCAGCAAUGGGCACCCCACGGCCCAGUACCGCUAUGCCAGGUUCCUCUUACGCCAUGGGCUCAACGCUGAAGGGGCUGACAUGCAGAAGGCUGUGACUCUGCUGGAGCAGGCAGCAGCAGCAGGGCUAGUGGAGGCACAGGCCUACCUUGGGGUGCUCUACAUGAAGGGGCUGCAGUCUGCAAAGCAGAGGGCUCUGAAAUACCUGUGGCUGGCGGCCAAGAAUGGGGAUUCCCAUAGCAGAUACCUUGUUGGUGUUUGCUAUGAGAAGGGCCUUGGAGUACAACAGAACUUCGCAGAAGCAAUGGAGCAUUACCAGCACUCGGCUGCUGCAGGAAACAGACAUGCUCAGGAGAGAGUGCAAGUUGUUGAGCAGGAGAUGGCAGCUGCAGAGAGCAGCCAUCCAGCACCUUCUGGAAUGAGAGCGUUCUCCUCCAGCCCCUGCCUCUGGGUCCUGGAGCAACUAGCAGAGCAGCGCCAGGCCUCUCCGAUGGGAUGUCGUGCUUUACCCCUGCCCUAUUCCUGGAGCACAGGCAGUCUGGCAGGGGCUGACGUCAGCUGACUGAGAUGGAAUCCAGCCCCAGAACACUCGGCAAGUCUAUUGGAUUCUUCCCGCCUGGAGCCACAGCCAGUGCUCUAUUCUCAGGGGAUAGCACUUGGCUAGUAGGUACAAAUGGAAACAAUCCCUUCCUGUGGAAAUCAUGCCCAAGAGGUGCAGUACCGUUCUCCCGUAACUCCACCUGCCCUUGGGGAGAGGCAGCAGUGUGGAGGGGGCGGGGUG